CCGCCCGGCCCCGGGCGUCCUUUCUCCCUCCGCGGCCUGCAGGCUCCGCAGCUGGCCCGUACUCGCUGGGAGGCUGGGCGCCAUUGCCCUCGUACAGGAAGCCUCUCUGGGUUCCCCCGACUGAAAGUCAGCACGGUUCUUGAGGGUCUGCGGGGCGAAGCUGUUUCUGGCCGUAGGGAUCCGGAGAGGGCGUCUUCGGAAAGAAUGAAGCGCUCGGGGCCGGCGGCCAGGUGUCCUCUGCCCGCCUUGGCGCGGUGCUCGGGCACCUUGUGAAGCAGCCGAGCAGUCGCCCUCCGUGUUGAUUAAGCAGCGCUCGUGGUCAAAUGAAACAUCUGAAGGGGUAUAGAUGAGUUGAAGCCUCAGAAACAGGAUGACUUGCCCUUCACGCAUCGGGUCUGCGGUUGGGGUUUCAGCCCUCAGCCUCCUGGCUGCCUUACGCCCUCAGGCAUUGAGUCCCCCUGUGCUUGGUGUCGGCCUAAGGACGGACCGUCGCGUUCUUGGCAGUAACUUUCCUGAGACCCUGUAAGAUAGGGCGCGUCACGGGAUCCUGACAGCUGCUCGUGCCUUCCUGCAGAAGAGGCGAACCUGCGCUAAUGACACGGGUGGCGCCUGGUGCUUAGGUCCUGUUGCCAUCGUUUUGAACAGUUAAGUGCCCGCAAGCUAAACCCGGUAUCUUCGUUUAGUACUGGGAGCUUGGCAUCGGUGUUAAACUAGUUGAGAAGGUGUUUGGUUCAGAAUGGCUUCAGUCGUUUGAACUCCCAGCUCUCUGGAUUUGAGACCUCAACCAUCAGCCUCUCAGGAGAGGUUUAGGUUUGGAGAAAAUCGAGCAUAGCCCCGCAAGUCUUGAGGAACAAAGUUUGCAAGCCAGUGACAACAAUGACGAUUAAACUUCCCAGUAACUGCCUUUAGUUCCACUCUGGGCCGAGCUCCGUUUGGGGCUUACCUCCUCUUUGGUCAGGCGGACAUCAGCUGAGGAAACGUGCAGUGAGCAAAAGCUGGCAGGCUGACAGAGGCGGCCUCAGGACGGACCUUCUGGCUAUUGACCAUUUUGCUGUGGCUCACCCGGACCGUGUGGAGGCGCGAGAUCAACCAUGAGCUCCGUUGCAGUUUUGACCCAAGAGAGCUUUGCUGAGCACCGCAGUGGACUCAUUCCGCAGCAGAUAAGAGUUGCCACUUUAAAUUCAGAAGAGGAGAGCGACCCUCCAACCUACAAGGAUGCCUUCCCCCCACUCCCCGAGAAAGCAGCUUGCUUGGAAAACCCCCAGGAACCUGCCGGCGCCUGGAGCAACAAAAUCCGGCCCAUCAAGGCUUCCGUCAUCACUCAGGUGUUCCACGUACCCCUGGAGGAGAGGAAAUACAAGGACAUGAACCAGUUUGGAGAAGGUGAACAAGCCAAAAUCUGCCUCGAGAUCAUGCAGAGGACCGGCGCUCACCUGGAGCUGUCCCUCGCCAAAGACCAGGGCCUCUCCAUCAUGGUUUCUGGGAAGCUGGACGCCGUCAUGAAGGCCCGGAAGGACAUUGUCGCUCGGCUGCAGACUCAGGCCUCCGCCACCGUUGCCAUCCCCAAAGAGCACCAUCGCUUUGUUAUCGGCAAAAAUGGAGAGAAACUGCAGGACUUGGAGCUCAAAACCGCCACCAAAAUCCAGAUCCCACGCCCCGACGACGCCAGCAAUCAGAUCAGGAUCACCGGCACCAAAGAGGGCAUCGAGAAGGCUCGCCACGAGGUCCUGCUCAUCUCCGCGGAGCAGGACAAACGUGCGGUGGAGCGGCUCGAGGUGGAGAAGGCCUUCCACCCCUUCAUCGCGGGGCCCUACAACCGGCUGGUCAGCGAGAUCAUGCAGGAGACGGGCACGCGCAUCAACAUCCCGCCGCCCAGCGUCAACCGCACCGAGAUCGUCUUCACGGGCGAGAAGGAGCAGCUGGCGCAGGCCGUGGCUCGCAUCCGCAAGAUCUACGAGGAGAAGAAAAAGAAGACCACCACCAUCGCGGUCGAGGUGAAGAAGUCCCAGCACAAGUACGUCAUCGGCCCCAAGGGCAACUCCUUGCAAGAGAUCCUGGAAAGAACCGGCGUUUCCGUGGAGAUCCCGCCUUCAGACAGCGCCUCCGAGACGGUGAUCCUUCGCGGCGAGCCCGAGAAGCUGGGGCAGGCGUUGACGGAGGUCUAUGCCAAGGCCAACAGCUUCACGGUCUCCUCCGUCUCGGCUCCUUCCUGGCUUCACCGUUUCAUCAUUGGCAAGAAGGGUCAGAACCUGGCCAAAAUCACCCAGCAGAUGCCCAAGGUUCACGUUGAGUUCACGGAAGGCGAGGACAGGAUCACCCUGGAAGGCCCCACGGAGGACGUCAGCGCGGCCCAGGAGCAGAUCGAAGCCAUGGUCAAGGACUUGGUGAGCCGGAUGGACUACGUGGAGAUCAGCAUUGAUCACAAGUUCCACAGACACCUCAUCGGGAAGAGCGGGGCCAACAUAAACAGGAUCAAGGACCAGUACAAGGUGUCGGUGCGCAUACCCCCCGACAGCGAGAGGAGCAGCCUGAUCCGCAUCGAGGGCGACCCGCAGGGCGUGCAGCAGGCCAAGCGCGAGCUGCUGGAGCUCGCCUCCCGCAUGGAGAACGAGCGCACCAAGGAUCUGAUCAUCGAGCAGAGGUUCCAUCGCACCAUCAUCGGGCAGAAGGGCGAGCGGAUCCGAGAGAUUCGGGACAAAUUCCCGGAGGUUAUCAUCAACUUUCCAGACCCAGCCCAGAAAAGCGACAUUGUUCAACUCAGAGGGCCCAAGAACGAGGUGGAGAAAUGCACGAAAUACAUGCAGAAGAUGGUGGCAGAUCUGGUGGAAAACAGCUAUUCGAUUUCUGUUCCGAUCUUCAAGCAGUUUCACAAGAACAUCAUCGGGAAAGGAGGGGCCAACAUCAAGAAGAUUCGCGAGGAGAGCAACACCAAGAUCGACCUCCCGGCCGAGAACAGCAACUCGGAGACCAUCGUCAUCACAGGCAGGCGGGCCAACUGCGAGGCCGCCCGGAGCCGCAUCCUGUCCAUCCAGAAGGACCUGGCCAACAUCGCCGAGGUGGAGGUCGCCAUCCCUGCCCGGCUGCACAACGCCCUCAUCGGCACCAAGGGCCGGCUCAUCCGCUCCAUCAUGGAGGAGUGCGGCGGCGUCCACAUCCACUUCCCCGUGGAAGGCUCAGGGAGCGACACCGUGGUCAUCAGGGGCCCUUCCUCCGACGUGGAGAAGGCCCGCAAGCAGCUCCUGCACCUGGCGGAGGAGAAGCAAACCAAGAGCUUCACUGUCGACAUCCGAGCCAAGCCGGAAUACCACAAGUUCCUCAUCGGCAAAGGGGGCGGCAAAAUCCGCAAGGUGCGCGACAGCACCGGGGCCCGCAUCAUCUUCCCCGCCGCCGAGGACAAGGACCAGGACCUGAUCACCAUCAUAGGCAGGGAGGACGCCGUCCGGGAGGCCCAGCGGGAGCUGGAGGCCCUGAUCCAGAACCUGGACAACGUGGUUGAGGACUUCAUGCUGGUGGACCCCAGGCACCACCGUCACUUUGUCAUCCGACGAGGCCAGGUCCUGCGGGAGAUCGCCGAGGAGUACGGCGGCGUGAUGGUUAGCUUCCCCCGCUCCGGCACGCAGAGCGACAAAGUCACCCUGAAGGGGGCCAAGGACUGCGUGGAGGCGGCCAAGAAGCGCAUUCAGGAGAUCAUCGAGGACCUGGAAGCCCAGGUGACCAUAGAGUGCGCCAUUCCCCAGAAGUUCCAUCGCUCGGUCAUGGGCCCCAAAGGUUCCAGAAUCCAGCAGAUAACUCGCGACCAUAACGUUCAGAUUAAAUUCCCAGACAGAGAGGAGAACCCAGCGCACAGCACCGAGCCAGCCGUCCAGGAGAACGGCGACGACCCCGGGGAGGGGAGAGACGGGAAGGAGGCCGAGCCCGGCUCCCCCAGGAGAUGCGACAUCAUCACCAUCUCCGGCCGGAAGGAGAAGUGCGAGGCCGCCAAGGAGGCCCUUGAGGCCCUGGUUCCCGUCACCAUUGAGGUGGAGGUGCCCUUUGACCUCCACCGGUACAUCAUCGGCCAGAAGGGGAGCGGGAUCCGCAGGAUGAUGGACGAGUUUGAGGUGAAUAUUCACGUCCCGGCCCCCGAGCUGCAGUCGGGCGUCAUCGCCAUCACGGGCCUGGCUGCCAACCUGGACCGGGCCAAGGCCGGGCUGCUGGAGCGGGUGAAGGAGCUGCAGGCGGAGCAGGAAGACCGGGCUUUGCGGAGCUUCAAGCUGAGCGUCACCGUUGACCCCAAGUACCACCCCAAGAUCAUCGGGCGGAAGGGGGCGGUGAUCACCCAGAUCCGCCUGGAGCACGACGUCAACAUCCAGUUUCCCGAUAAGGACGAUGGGAGCCAGCCGCAGGACCACAUCACUAUCACGGGCUACGAGAAGAACACCGAGGCCGCCCGGGACGCCAUCCUGAAGAUCGUGGGGGAGCUCGAGCAGAUGGUUUCCGAGGACGUGCCACUCGACCACCGCGUCCACGCCCGCAUCAUCGGUGCCCGCGGCAAAGCCAUCCGCAAGAUCAUGGAUGAGUUCAAGGUGGACAUUCGCUUCCCGCAGAGCGGGGCCCCCGACCCCAACUGCGUCACCGUGACGGGGCUGCCGGAGAACGUGGAGGAAGCCAUCGACCACAUCCUCAACCUGGAGGAGGAAUACCUGGCCGACGUGGUGGACACCGAGGCGCUGCAGCUGUACAUGAAGCCCCCGGCCCACGAGGAGGCCAAGGCGCCGUCCAGGGGCUUCGUGGUGCGGGACGCCCCCUGGACCGCCAGCAGCAGCGAGAAGGCCCCCGACAUGAGCAGCUCGGAGGAGUUCCCCAGCUUCGGGGCUCAGGUGGCCCCCAAGACCCUCCCCUGGGGCCCCAAACGAUAAUGCUCGAAAAGCAGAAACCUCUCCAGCCUGCUGACCUGAACCCGCCACCCGAUGGUCCGUCUCAAUCCGACCCAGCGGCUGGACCCUCCGCAAAUUCUCGACGCCCCUUCCCCGAGGUCUCACAGCGAAGCCGGCGUGGCCCGCGCCCUGGCGGCCGGGUCUCAGGCCUGGCCGCCCCCGGCACAGGCUCUGCUCCCGACCUCUGUGCUGGGGCGGCGGCCGCACGAGCCCCGCGGAGGCCCGCGUCAUCCACCCGGCCUGCCCCGGCUCCGGCCUCCCCGGGAGAGCGCUGCAGCUGCGGCCGCGUCCACUUCCUGUGUCACGACCUCAGGAAAUAAAUGUCCUUGACUUUCUAAAAGCCAAAA